CGUUCAUAUUCCACCACCCUCCUCCCACCACCACCAGCACUGCUCUCCUCGACGAGGACCAAUCUACCCAACAUUUCGUCCUCCCGCACAGCCCAGAUCGCCCGACACCUCUCGGGUUCCUCAUCUCCCUCGUCGUCGACAUCAAUCGUCCCUGACAGCAAGAUGGCUUACACCACCCGCAAGGUUGCUGCUCCCUACACCUUUGAGCACAGGGUGUACGUUGAGAAGGAUGGCGUCCCCGUCUCCCCUUUCCAUGACAUCCCUCUGUUUGCCAACCAAGAGCAGACCAUCCUGAACAUGGUCGUCGAGAUCCCUCGCUGGACCAAUGCCAAGCUUGAGAUCUCCAAGGAGGAGCUCCUCAACCCCAUCAAGCAGGACACCAAGAAGGGCAAGCUUCGAUAUGUCCGCAACUGCUUCCCCCACAAGGGCUACCUGUGGAACUAUGGUGCCUUCCCCCAGACCUGGGAGGACCCCAACGUCGUUCACCCCGAGACCAAGGCCAAGGGUGACAAUGACCCUCUUGACGUCUGUGAGAUUGGCGAGCUGGUCGGCUACACUGGCCAGGUCAAGCAGGUCAAGGUCCUCGGUGUUAUGGCUCUCCUCGACGAGGAGGAGACCGACUGGAAGGUGAUCGUUAUUGACAUCAACGACCCUCUGGCCUCCAAGCUCAACGACGUCGAGGAUGUUGAGCGCCACCUGCCGGGCCUGCUGCGCGCCACCAACGAGUGGUUCCGCAUCUACAAGAUCCCCGAUGGCAAGCCCGAGAACCAGUUCGCCUUCACCGGCGAGUGCAAGAACAAGAAGUACGCCAUGGAUGUCAUCCGUGAGUGUGCUGAGGCCUGGGACAAGCUCAUCACCGGCAAGACCCAGCCUGGUGCCGUUUCUACCACCAACGUCACCGUGGCCCACUCCCCCAGCCGCAUCGACCCCAGCCAGCUGCCCCCCAUCCCCGCCAACGAGAACCUUCCCGCCGAGAAGAUCGAUGCUUCGAUAGACAAGUGGUUCUUCAUCAGCGGUGCCUCCGCAUAAAUUGCCUGGCGGCACUCUUGAUACGAGGCUCUGUCGCAGCUCAAUCUGAACUUGCAGGCGUUCAGCCGGUAGGUUGAAGAAGCUCGAAAAUCUUGGGGGUUUUCCUGCAGCACCGUGAGCCCACAGACUUGGUGUCACUGGCCUCUUCGGGUGUUACAUUUUUUGUCGUUCCAGGUUGGUAGCGUGCAAAGUGGACACCAAUAUAAUUAGAAUGGUCACGAAAAAAAGAUAAAAAAGUAACGUGCUUUGAGCUUCUUGUAG